UGGUUGGAUUCCCGAAAGGGCGGGGUGUAGGCGUGCAACCCGGAAAAACAGUGUGUGGAGUCGUGAGAGGGUACAGUGGCUCUGCAUUCUCCAUUCCAUCAGUUUGAAAUGGGUUUGGAGGAAGCAGCCGCCAGUCCUGAUCCUCACAUUCCCGUGCUGCGCAUCAGUCAACUGGAUGCCCUGGAGCUAGACGCGGCCCUCGAGCAGCUGCUGUGGACCCGCUUCUCUCAUUGCUUCCAGAACUGCCGGCCCGGUCUACUGACCCCCGUGGAGCCAGAAUUAAGAGCCCUUCUUUAUCUGCUGCUUUGGCGGUUCACACUGUACUCCAACAGCGCCACUGUGGGCCAGUCUUUACUAAGCCUUCGCUAUCACAGAGCAGGGUCCUUGGCUCGGCGCUACAGGCCGCUGUCGCCCAGGCAGAAGUUAGUUCUGGCCGUGCUCGCUGCAGGUCCCCGUUGGCUCCAGGAUCGUUCCCAUUCCCUGCUACCGCUCGUCGGUUUGGGUUCCAGGGGAUCUGUGUUUGAAAGAGAUGAUGGUUUAUUCCAGCAAGGUCUUCGUAAAGCUCUGACGCUCGUCUCCGGUGUUGCAAAGUUUGCAAGUCUCAUCAACUUCUUUAUUUUCCUAAGAAAUGGCCGCCACCCCAUCCUAUCGGAAAGAAUCGCCGGAGCUCAGGCUGUCUUAAGCAAGCCCAACGUGACUAGGGAUGUAACUUACCAGUACAUGAACCGAGAACUGCUGUGGCACGGCUUUGCAGAUUUCCUCAUAUUUCUGUUACCACUCAUGGACACAAGGAAGCUGAAAGCAGCCGUGUCUUCUUUUGUGUUCGGGGAAGAAAGUUCUGACAGGAAAGAAAGCGGAGAAAGACGAGAGUUGUGGAAGGAGUGCGGGCUGUGCGGAGAGUGGCCCACCAUGCCUCACACAGUGGGCUGCCAACACGUUUUCUGCUACUACUGCAUAAAGAGCCACAGGAUCGCUGACGCUCGCCUCACUUGUCCGAAAUGUGGUGCUGAGACGAGGCAACCUGAGCCGCUAAACAUGAAGGUGCAGUCAGAUCGAUUAAGCACGUCCUAGCAAACAGGAACUACUCAAGAGACAAAUAAAGAAACACAAUAAUUCAUGAAAAUGUAUUUUUGUAUCAAAUCAUGAAUAACGGAGUCAGCUAAAUCAGAAGAAUCUGAUCUUGAUGGUUUAAACCAAUCCUGGUGUUUGUCUUUUUCUUGAAAAGAUUUAGUCGUAUAUGACUUUAUGACGGGAUCUUUCUUGACUCUGUCUGUUCUGAGCACACACCGCCCUGCUGUGUUUAAUAUAUGUGUGUGUAUAUUGACAGUCUUCUGUGCCCUCUGUUUCUCUGGCUGGACUUUGGCUGGAACUAUUUGUCUUUGGUGCAGCGGACAGACCGCAGAGAACCUCACAGAGCAUAUAUUUGAUGAGUGAAUGUGUUGAUUUAUGCCCCAAAUUGGCUUUGUGAUGGUGCUCAUGUAUGUAUGUGUGUGUGUGUCUGUGUGUGUUUGUUGAAUUGGGAAUAUUUGUUCUGAUGAAAAAUGCAGAAAGUCAGCUGAAUAAAUAAUGGAAAGGAAUUUCUGAUGCCUCUCAUCAUGGCCAUAUUAGCAUUUGUUGUGUAUUUUGUGCCUAAAUUGUAUUUCAACAUCAUUAAAAUUGAUAGAGUGCUA